AUGGAGUUAGCUCCAGUCACCUUGGACCGUAAUACAAUCCAUCCUGACCUUCUCCUAUCUGAGGACCUGCGCACAGUGUGGAACACCGGGAAACGACAACAGCUUCCUGACAAUCCGGAGAGAUUUGAUCCCCGCAUCGCUGUCCUGGGAUCAGAGGGUUUCACAUCAGGAAAACAUUCCUGGGAGGUGGAGGUGGGGAACAAGACUGAGUGGACAGUCGGUGUGGUCAAGGAAUCUAUCAACAGGAAGGAGGCGAUCUAUGCGAGUCCCCAUAAUGGAUAUUGGAGAGUGUCACUGAGAGAUGGGAAUAAAUACUGGGCUCGUGAGACACCAUGGAAAUUCUUAGAGCUGAGUGUGAAACCGAGGAAGAUCCGAGUCUGUCUGGAUUAUGAGGGAGGGAAGGUGUCCUUUUAUAACGCAGAGAACAAGUCCCAUAUCUACACUUUCACUGGGACAUUCACAGAGAAAAUCUAUCCUUACUUCAGUCCAUGUACCACUGAUGAAGGUAAAAACACAGAGCCCCUGAAAAUCUGUCCCCAGAGGGUAACAAUCCAGGAGGAUGAGGGAUUCAUCCCUUCAUCCAAAUAAAGACACUUCCUGUAAGUGGGGAGGGGGAAGUUCCCACACACUGGGUCACUGGGUGGGGGAGGGGGAAGUUCCCACACACUGGGCCACUGGGUGGGGGAGGGGGAAGAUCCCACACACUGGGCCACUGGGUGGGGGAGGGGGAAGAUCCCACACACUGGGUCACUGGGUGGGGGAGGGGUAGAUCCCACACACUGGGUCACUCUGUUGGGGAGGGUGAGGACCCCAGUCUCUGAGUCUGGUUCUUGGGAGAAAGGCACAGUUCUGGGGUUGGGGCUUUCCCCUGAGUCACCGUGUGCACUGGUGCCUCGGGCGGAGUGGGGCCCUGAACCAGCGGGACCCUGGCCGAUGCUCGAAGUUGUCCCUGCUCACCAGCUCUGUCUGCUCUGCUCAAAAGAGCACAGGAACCUGAGCUAGGACAGGAGGGAAUCUGGUCUGUGCCCCCACCAGUAUGGGCUCCUGUCACUGGCUGAGGAGAGAGCCUGGUCUGCCAUGGUAACUAGAGUCAGGGAUGGUUGAGGAAGUGGGCUGGAUGUCACUGGGAGAACAAGUCCGACAUGUCCCUGGAGAAGCUGCAGCACAUGGGCAAAGCCAUUGAGAACUUUCAUACGGUGCCCAGCCCUGGCUGUGGUCGCAGUGUUGAUGGGGCUCAGGCGUGUGAAGGUCUCCCGUCCGAGCUGACCCCUGUUCAGCUGGAAUUCCUCAACGGUGCCAGGCCCUGAAACCUCCCACAGGAGCUUGGUCUCCAACCUAAGCCUCUCUCAGAAGUGCCCUUUGUGAUAUUUCACUCUAUACAGAAGGGCUUUCCUGGGUUUGCUCCUCCUCUUGCAUCAUCUGACGGGGCUACAACUCCAUUUCUACACCAACUUCAGUCCCACACUCCUGAUCAUAGUUGACCCGGUUCAGAGGGAACCAGUCCAAUCAGGAGACCUCCUCAUGUGCCUGCUCCUGGGCCUGGCUACAGUGGCCUUCAACAGGUCCAGGGUGUGGUCAUUGAGGGUGACGUUUACCCUAACUGUCUGACUCUGUUCCUCAGCUAGGUCAGUGCCUGAGGGCCCCUGACAUCCAUGGUGUCCAUGGGUACACUUCAAGCCUUCAUUAACUGCUGGGCACAGGGAGCACUGGACUGUGUAAUUAAUCCCACAACUGCCAUUUUAAUUGGAUGUAAAUUUCAAUUUUGUAUUUUGUUGCAGUCCUGCCCCUUUUAAAUUCACAUUUAAUUGCUUUUGGAUUGUUUGCAAAUGUUAUAAACAGGCACAAACUGAAAUUGGGGCUGUUGGGUCCGGAAGUAAUUUAGCAAAUAAGUGAUUAUAAAUGUGUGGAAAUAUUGGUUCCAGUUCUAUCCUUCACCAAGUGACUGUCUGGAAUCUAACACUUUGGAGGAGAUUACAGUGAGUCUUCCACAUAUGAAGCCUUGGUUGAUGCAGUUCCCCCCAGAGACAGUCAUUGUGUUCACUGUACCCUGUUCGGUCAGACUGUCUCAGGGGAGGGAGUGUUGUACAAUGUCUUCUUACUUCUGUGACAUGUUGCUGCUUUUCUUGCAUGUUUCAGUUGUUGUAAAUAAUUUUUAAGUUGA